AUGUCUAACCUGAUAGACCCCAAAACAGGGAGCAAUGGAACGCCAAGCAAAGGCCUCGAACAGAACCGCAGCACCGGGGAGGAGCUCCGUAUGGACGCGAAUGUAGCGAGCGACGGGAGCGAGGAGGGCGAGAUCCAAGACGAUCACGCCACCAACGCUGUGGGUACAAAGCGAAAACGCUCGCCCUCGACCGAAGAGACGGGACCUUCGAAGAAAACCAAAGGCCCUGAUCCAACAUUCCUCUCAUUCAAAACAAUGAGGCACCCAACGGAGACGAUACCUUGUGUAAUCAGUAUCAACGAACGAGAGCCAUUCGGAUCACUCUAUCUGACAAAUCACAAACUCACAACCCGAUUGUUCCUUGAUCCCGGACGUUUCGGGCCUCCGUCAGUAGCACUGACUUUCACCAAAACCGGAUCAGAGACCGGUAGAGGCAUUGCCAAGAAUGUUUGGGACAUGUCGUCAAACAGUCGGGUGGAAUGGGCAAUGAAUGACGUCCAACACGGUUAUGCUACUUCAGAUGGGCCCGAUCUCAGAAUGUCUAAUCGAACCGUGCUCGCCGACUGCAGUAGACGGGACAUACAAAAUUUGAUGUACCUGAGAUUCAAGUCUUGGAGCCAAGUAUCAGGGUUUCAUAAAAAAGAAGAGUUCAGUCAGGAAAGUGCUGAGAUACAAAAGUCGAUCAAAACCAUGUUUCGGCGUCAAAAAGCAUACCAACUGGAGUUGUGGUUUAUUGCCCCGUUCGAUGCACCGGACUUUCGUCGACAUUGUCUAAGUACGUCUGGCUUCUCCUUCGGUCUCGAGGCACCCACAUCCAUACCAUCACUCAUCAGCAGUCCGAGGCCGGGGUUUGUGCCUGAUUUUACAUUAGGUCCUCUCGAUAUAGAAGACGAGGAAUCCGACUCGGACUCCGAAUACGACUCUGAGUCUGGAAGCCAUUCAGAUUGGGAAAGGAAGCACGAGGGUCAAAGAGGGGGUGACGGCAGUGCUGCAUAG